AUGUCGUCCAUCAGAGACACGCCGGCGGGCCAGUUUCUGCGCCUGAUCGGGUUCAAGUCAUGGCUGUACUAUCCGGAGGAAGUCACCGGGUUCGAAUUACCCAACUUGCCAUUUGUCUCGGAAGAAAUCCUCCCUCCCUCGGACGACAGCGCGGGCGAAAAAGACAUUGAAAAAAGCCUCCCCAGUGUCUCAAUCAGAGUGGCCACUCCCCCGGAUGAAGUCUCGAGUGCCAUGUCCCAGAAGGCUCUGGCAGAGCCCAUUGUGGUCUCCUUCACCGACGACGACAGCGGAAACCCGCGAAACUGGUCUUCGGCAAAGAAGACAUGGACUGUCACCCUGAUCAAUGUCUAUACCUUUGUUGUUUACUGCACAGCGUCGAUCAUCACCCCCACUGCUGGCUUCAUCGUGGAGCGGUUCAACGUCUCGGUUGUCGUUGCCAGCCUUGGUCUGUCCAUGUAUGUUGUUGGCUACGGAACUGGCCCGAUGUUCUUCUCGCCUCUCAGUGAAGUCCCAAGCAUAGGGCGGAACCCGCCGUACCUGUACUCCUUCAUUGCAUUCUUCCUCGUCUCCAUCGGCCUAGCAUUCGUCAACAACUUCCCGGGUCUGAUCAUCCUCCGCUUCCUUCAAGGCUGGUUCGGCAGUCCCUGUCUGGCCAGCGGUGCCGCCUCUAUUGAAGAUGUCUACGAUAUGUACAGUGCGCCUUACGGUUACAUCUGGUGGGUGGCCAGCAUGUACUGCGGCCCUGCCUUCGGCCCCUUGUUGGCCGGCUACGCCGUCUCAGACAAUUGGCGGUGGCCGCUCUAUCAAGUGGUGAUCAUGGGCGCCGUGGUCCUCGUCGUCCUCCCCUUCCUGCCCGAGACAUCGCCGCAGACCAUCCUUCUCAACCGAGCCAGGCGCCUCCGAAAGGCCACCGGCAACAACGCGUACAAAGCCCCCUGCGAGCUGAAACCUCUUGCCUUCGGCAAGAUGCUGCACGAGGCACUCAACAAGCCUCUGGAGAUCACCGUCAAGGACCCGGCCAUUCUGUACGCCUGUGUCUACGGCUCGAUCGUCUACGCCACCUACUAUUCCUUCUUCGAGGCCUUCCCCCUGGUCUAUCUCGGCAUCUACCGCAUGUCCCUGGGCGGCAUGGGACUCGUCUUCACCUCCCUGACCGUCGGCUGCAUCUGCGGCCUGACAAUCUACUACCUCUACAUCACGUACUACUUCAUCCCGCGAGCCCGCGCGCACCACGAGGAGAAGGGCGAGCCCGUCGCCCAAGAGCAGUGGCUGCUCCCGGGCCUGUUCGGCGUGUGGGGCCCGCCGGUCGGCCUGCUGCUGUUCGCGUGGACGGCGCGCGCGGGCGUGCACUGGAUGGUGCCGACGCUGGGCAUCGGCGUCUUCGCGUUCUCGACCUUCUUCAUCUUCCAGGCCCUGAUCUGCUACGUGCCGCUAUCCUACCCGCGCCACGUGGCCAGCCUGUUCGCGGCCAACGACUGCGCCCGCUCCCUGCUGGCGGCCGCCUUCGUCCAGUUCUCGCGCCAGAUGUACACGCGCCUGGGCAUCGACAAGGGCGUCACCCUCGUGGCCGGCCUGUCCGUCGUCGGCAUCUUCGGCAUGUACGGCCUGUAUUUCUACGGCGCCCGCCUGCGAGCCCGGAGCAAGUUCACCGGUUAAUGGGCCUUUCGAUCUUCCCUCCUUCCUCGCCUUCCCUCUUUCGGAAUAUCUGUUCGUUGUCGGUUGGACCUGGCCGGGCAGAACACAUGUGGGAUUAACAGCAUCGGCUUCUUGUCUUUUGUAUGGCGAGGCGCUGGUGGUAUCAAACUAUUUUGCUUUUCCUUGGGGGAACACAGGACCUGUCAAACCAAACUAAUCUCGUUCACUUCAUCUCUGUUCUAAUACUUAUUAUUGUGGCUAAUGUGCCAUUACUGGAACGAGGUCUGGAUUUGGUCCUGAAUU